UAAAGUGAGAUGGGGUCCAUAUGAAGCGGGGUAGUGGAAGCGUGGCAGUCAUGCGCAUUCUGCCUAGGGAGAAGUAAACCACACGACACUCGUGCACCAAAACGCGCGUGCGGAGAGGUGGGCGAGGAGAGCUGUCGACGCUCUUUCUCAUUUUCUCUUUCUACCUAACUUGGACUAUAGAAGUUGGAAGUCUUUUCUGCUAGAGCGGCUUUCACGGCGACGCACCUCCCUUCGCUUGGCGCACUGGGUGUUGUGUAAAAGGAGAGCGAGACGGGCUUCGGAGCAGCAGAAGAGCGAGAGGAGUUUGCAGUCGCAGAGGUUGGGGCCGCUCCGCUACUGUUGCCAGGCAGGGCUGGGAGGAGAAAAGUGAAGAAAGCUCAUAGAGAUCUUUCUGUUUUCCAAUGCAUUCUUUCAUCAGAUGAGUUCACCAAAUAAAGCAAUUGAGUUACAGUUGCAAAUACGACAAAAUGCUGAGGAACUUCAAGAUUUUGUGAAAGAUUUGGAAUCAUGGGAGAAGGAUAUUAAAGAAAAAGAUCAUGAUCUAAGGCAUCAGAGUGGCACUGCCGAAAAAGAUUUACCCCCAAUUCGGAAUGAAGCUUACAAAAAAAAAAAGAGCAAAGUUAAAACAGUCUCAAAACAAACAAGUGAGGAAAACAAAAAGAACAAGAUAAAAUCUUAUGAUUAUGAGGCUUGGGCAAAGCUGGAUGUGGAUAAGAUACUUGAAGAAUUUGAUAAGGAAGAUACCACUCAUGACUCAGUGUCAGAUUCUGAGGAAGAUGGAAUUCGCAUUGAUACAGAAAAAGCUCUUACUGAGAAAGAAAAGGGCAAUACUUACUUUAAACAAAGAAACUAUGAUGCUGCAAUAGAAUGCUACACAAAAGGAAUGAAUGCAGAUCCUUACAAUCCAGCAUUGCCUACAAACAGGGCAUCAGCCUUUUUUCGUUUAAAGAAGUUUUCUGUGGCUGAAUCUGAUUGCAAUUUAGCCCUUGCCUUAAACAAAAAUUACAUAAAGGCUUAUAACAGAAGAGGGGCAGCUCGUUUUGUCUUGGGAAAGUUUAAGGGUGCCAAAGAAGAUUAUGAAAAGGUUUUGGAAUUAGAUCCAAACAACUUUGAAGCGAAGAAUGAACUUUGGAAAAUUGAACAGGCUCUCUUGUCAAAAGAAAACUGUCAGGCUGAAGAAACAGAUACUUUUAGGAAAGUGGAAAUUGCAGAAGAUGUACUGAAACAAUUGGAGGAGGAACAAUUAAAGCAAAAAGCUAUGGCAGAAAAAGAUUUGGGUAACAGAUAUUUCAAAGAAGGUAAAUAUGAACUAGCAAUAGAUUGUUACACACGUGGAAUAGCAGCAGAUGGCACCAAUGCACUUCUUCCAGCAAAUAGAGCUAUGGCCUAUCUAAAAGUUCAAAAAUAUGAAGAAGCAGAGGAAGAUUGCACUCGAGCUGUGUUAUUUGAUUCUUCAUAUUCUAAAGCA